AUGGAACCAAUCAUGGCAUUUAUUAGCGAAUCAAUUCCUCACCAGAAACAUAUAGAAACCCCUGUUUUCUUCCUGGCCACUGCAGGUUUGCGAUUGCUUGAUGACUCAACGCAAGAGGAAAUUCUCACGGAUAUUACCAAAGAUCUCCGUGCCAAAUACGAUUUUCCAAAGAUAGAGAGUCAAGUUAUCUCUGGCUCUUUUGAAGGAGUCUAUUCCUGGAUAAGCAUAAAUAAGGAUAGGCUUAGUGAUAGCUCAAGAGGCGUUAAAUCUUACGGAAUGAUAGAAAUGGGAGGCGCAUCUAUUCAAGUAACUUUUGAACUCAAUCCAGAAAUUGAGGACUUAAUCUUGAAAGAUCUCAAUAACAAUGAUGCAAUCCUAGCCUUCAAAAACCAACAGGUGAUAAUGAAUCUUGACUCUAGCCACACUGUCAAAUUAUUUGCAGGCACUUUCUUGGGACUUGGAGUUAAUAGUGGUCGUGAAGCGGCGAUAGAUCUACUUGUGAGAGAUUAUUUCAAGAAUACAACAGUGAAUGUGCUUGAAGAUAAGAAGACUAACGGAAUUGAGAUUUUGUUGAAAGAUCCAUGUUUGACUUUUGGCUCCUCCGAAACCGUGUUACGACCUACCGCACUCUUGCAAGAUCCGUUCUACCCGAUCGGUUACACUUUGAAGGAAAGAGAAGAAACAUUUAGAGCAAGAUUAGAGGGCAUCGGAGAUUUCCUCUAUUGUAUGGAUCUGCUUGAACGAGCAUUGAAAAUAGUUAAGAUAGAAAAACUGAACUGUCAAGCUGAAACAAAAUAUUGCUCAAUGUCAUUACUAUCCACUGAAUUCAUACCAUACUCACAGUAUCCGUUUAUCGGACUCGCGAGAUGUACUUUACCACAAAUGCAAUGA